CAUAUGUCUUCUGCAGUGCGCGCACAGCCUGGCAAUGCAGAGAGAGUAGUGCAUUCGGGGAGGUCAUGUUUGAAGCUGGACAACAUAAUAGCGAAAUUUGUAUUAUCCUUAAAAAUAAACUGAAUUCAUCGUCAAGGACGCGGACUAUUGUGGAGAAUCGAGGAGUGAUCAUUCUGUAAUUUGUUGACGGAGUCCAGAGAGCAUAGUUUGGAUGCCCAGAAAGCAGCUCCUCAAGGUUUCAUCAUGAAUAAAAACAAGCAAGGAGAAGAGAGGGAGCUCUACAGUUUAGAUGUCGGAGAUUCCACCUUCACUGUUCUGAAAUGCUACCAGAAUCUAAGGCCCAUCGGCUCAGGAGCACAGGGAAUCGUCUGUUCAGCGUAUGACCACAACCUUGAGAGAAAUGUGGCUAUUAAGAAGUUAAGUCGGCCAUUCCAGAACCAAACGCAUGCCAAGAGAGCGUACAGAGAACUGGUGUUAAUGAAAUGUGUCAAUCACAAAAAUAUCAUUGGCCUAAUAAAUGUAUUCAGCCCACAAAAAUCAUUAGAAGAAUUUGCAGACGUAUACAUUGUGAUGGAGCUAAUGGAUGCCAACUUGUGCCAGGUGAUUCAGAUGGAGCUGGAUCAUGAGAGGUUGUCCUACCUGCUCUACCAGAUGCUGUGUGGCAUCAAACACCUCCACGCUGCCGGCAUCAUACACAGGGAUCUAAAGCCCAGUAACAUUGUCGUGAAGUCAGACUGUACGUUGAAGAUCUUGGACUUUGGCUUGGCUCGGACGGCGGCUACAGGUCUGCUGAUGACCCCCUACGUAGUGACCAGAUACUACAGAGCACCAGAGGUCAUACUGGGGAUGGGCUACCAGGCCAACGUGGACAUAUGGUCUGUGGGAUGUAUUCUGGCAGAAAUGAUCCGCCACAAAAUCCUGUUCCCAGGAAGGGACUACAUUGACCAGUGGAACAAGGUGAUAGAGCAGCUUGGGACUCCGCCACAGGAGUUCCUGAUGAAGCUCAACCAAUCAGUGAGGACGUACGUAGAGAACAGGCCGCGUUACGCAGGAUACAGCUUUGACAAACUCUUCCCUGACGUCCUCUUCCCUGCAGACUCAGAGCACAACAAACUGAAAGCAAGCCAGGCCAGAGACCUGCUGUCUAAGAUGUUGGUGAUCGACUCGUCUAAGAGGAUCUCUGUGGAGGAGGCCCUGAAACACCCCUAUAUCAACGUGUGGUACGACCCAGCAGAAGUGGAGGCGCCCCCUCCGAAGAUCACAGACAAGCAGCUGGAUGAGCGAGAGCAUACGGUGGAGGAGUGGAAAGACCUGAUCUGGAAGGAGGUGUAUGAGUGGGACGAUUGGACCAAGCAGAAUGGCGUGAUCAGAGGACAACCUCUUUUAGGUGCAGCAGUGAUUGACAGCUCCCCUCAGCACCCCUCGUCCUCCUCCUCAGGCAAUGACGUAUCCUCCAUGUCGACUGACCCCAGUGACCCUAGUGAACCCACCAUGACCUCUGACACGGACAGCAGCCUGGACAGCCACACCUCUCUGGGAGCACUGGCCUGCUGCAGAUAACAUGCACACACACACACACUUCUGUCACAGUAUAUAGUUUAAAACACUUAAAGGGGCAAUCUGCGAUGGCUACAUUUUUUUCCUGCCUUUUUUAUUGAAUGAUAUAUACCAAUUGAUUCUUGAAGAAUAUAAUAUAUAAAUGCUUUUACUCCAUUGUUUGUAAACAAACUCUGUAUAGUCUCAAAACAUGAUUACAUUGUGUUUCCUCCAUUGUUUGUAAACAAUGCAAUUGUAAACAAACACUGUGUAUAGCCUCAAAACAUGGUUAAAAUUAUACUUUUGAUACUGUAUCAUGGAUGGUCAGUCCUUGCAUCCAUAGCUUUGUUUAUGAAUUUCUCUAGCCCCAACCCUAAGUUGCUUACCAAAAACAGUGGUGGGGUGACUGCUUUAUUGUCGUUUAAACUGCAGAUUGCCCCUUUAAGAGUCCGUAAUAAAAUAAUGUUUUUAUUUAUUUUGUAAAUGCACAGCUUUCAUUUGCUAUGUCCCCUAUAUCAGGCAUUGCCGAUUGUGUACAUGCUGUAAAUUACUAUAUUUAUUUAUUUUCUUGUGUCAGCUUCUGUCCCACCAAGCUGUGUAUGUCUAUGCUGUAAAUGAUAGUGGUUCAAAUCUCACAGUGGAUGGAACUUUUCCCCCUUUUCCCUAUAAGAAAGUGUUUUCUUACAAACACAUAUUUAUUUUCUAUUAUAAACUGGGUUGUUCGAGCCCUGAAUGCUGAUUGACUGACAGCUUUGUUAUAUGAGACCGUAUACCACAGGUAUGACAAAACAUUUAUUUUGCAUUAAAUUAAACCAUUAAAUCACCUGGCCCAAAUAUCUUUGUCACUUAGCCAUCUUUGUUGCUUUGUUUCUUCAACCAGUGGCCCAUCCCACUUGGCUCUAACCCUUCAAUGUUUGCAGAUCUUUAGGUUUUGGAUAGGUAUGUACAGGUCUGCAAACAUCAAAGGGUUGGGGCCAAGGGGAAGGGACAAAGGCUGCUUAUGUUUUAUUGGCGGGGCCAGGAGUCUUUCCUCAGGUCACAGGACCAGGAUAAUCUCCCAGCCCCAUUGAUUUGAUUUAAGUGCUCUUGCAGUUCAGGGAUUUUUGAAAGUCGGGACAAUCCUUGACCGGCAGAUAAACUUUAUUUUUAAUGUUUAUUUUGUUGCAUUAUUUGAUCCUAAAAAUUACAUUUAGGGGAAUUUUAUAAGGGGAAAGAUUUGCUUUUGGAAUUUUCUAAAUAUUACAAAUUUCAAUGUUGGCUCUAUGCCUAGAAAUGUCCUUUUCGGGAGCCAAGGGGGGGCAAUUUCAAACUCUCCAAAAAUGUGUUUAAAAUUCUUAAAACGGCAAUAAUGAAUAUUAACUGAAAAGGGAUCUUAGGUAGUUUUUUGCAUUAGACCUCUGACUUAAAGGAAUAUUUCUCUCAAAACUGUGAUUCCUAAAAUAAAUUGUUAGGAGAUUUGAUGAACUCCGUCAGAUUUGUCUACAAUCAUUAAUUAAUCAAGAAUGAUCCGGGUCAGCUACACCUCAUGGACCUUUUCUUAAUGUCCUCAUUACAUAUAGUGCAACAAAACCACUCAUGGUCUGCAAAGUGAUCUACUUUUGAUAGAUUUAAAGAAACAAUAUUGAAAUCAAAGUCAGUCACAUUUCUGUCUAACGUCAACUCCGUCAGAGUGCUGAAAUAUAUUAUAUAAUGGUUAUAUUUUUAUUGGGAAUUUUCAAAUAAAUAAUUUUCUAUAUUUUACAAAUGUUUGUAUUGAAGUUUUUUUAAAUGCAAAAAUAUGUAUUUUGUUGUCAACUCCAUCAGUGGCUUGUCAUCUUCAUCACUGAUGGCUAACCCCCUUAAGGUUAAUAUUUUGUCAAUAUUCUGAAAAUAUAUACAGCUGAAGUCAGAGGUUUACAUACACCUUAGCCAAAUACAUUUAAACUCAGUUUUUCACAAUUCCUGACAUUUAAUCCUAGUAAAAAUACCCGGUGUUAGGUCAGUUAGGAUCACCUUUAUUUUAAGAAUGUCAGAAUAAUAAUAGUAUAGAGAAUGAUUUAUUUCAGCUUUUAUUUCUUUGAUCCCAUUUCCAGUGGGUCAGAAGUUUUACAUACACUCAAUUAGCAUUUGGUAGCAUUGCUUUUAAAUUGUUUAACAUGAUCAAACGUUUCGGGUAGCCUUCCACAAGCUUCCCAUUAAAAGUUGGGUGCAUUUUGGCCCAUUCCUCCUGACAGAGCUGGUGUAACUGAGUCAGGUUUGUAGGCCUUGCUCACGCACACUUUUUCAGUUCUGCCACAAAUUUACUAUAGGAUUGAGGUCAGGGCUUUGUGAUGGCUAUUCUAAUAUCUUGACUUUGUUGUCCUUUAGCCAUUUUGCCACAACUUUGGAAGUAUGCUUGGGGUCAUUGUCAAUUUGGAAGCCCAAGCUUUAAUUGAUGUCUUGAGAUGUUGCUUCAAUAUAUCCACAUAAUUUUCCUACCUCAUGAUGUCAUCUAUUUUGUGAAGUGCACCAGUCCCUCCUGCAGCAAAGCACCCCUACAACAUGAUGUUGCCACCCCCCAUGCUUCAUGGUUGUGAUGGUGUUCUUCGACUUGCAAGCCUACCACUUUUUCCUCCAAACAUAACGAUGGUCAUUAUGGCCAAACAGUUCUAUUUUUGUUUCAUCAGACCAGAGGACAUUUCUCCAAAAAGUACGAUCUUUGUCCCCAUGUGCAGUUCCAAAUCGUAAUUUGGCUUUUCAUGGCAGUUUUGGAGCAGUGGCUUCUUCUUUGCUGAGCGGCCUUUCAGGUUAUGUCAAUAUAGGACUCGUUUUACUGUGGAUAGAGAUGCAUUUUGUCCUCCAGCAUCUUCACAGGGUCUUUUGCUGUUGCUCUGGGAUUGAUUUGCACUUUUCGCAACAAAGUACGUUCAUCUCUAGGAGACAGAACACGUCUCCUUCCUGAGCGGUAUGACGGAUGCGUGGUCCCAUGGUGUUUAUACUUGCGUACUAUUGUUUGUACAGAUGAACGUGGUACCUUCAGGCAUUUGGAAAUUGCUCCCAAGGAUGAACCAGACUUCUGGAGGUCUACAAAUGUUUUGUUCUGAGGUUUUGGCUGAUUUCUUUUGAUUUUCCCAUGAUGUCAAGCAAAGAGGCACUGAGUUUGAAGGUAGGCCUUGAAAUACAUCACAGUACACCUCCAAUUGACUCAAAUGAUGUCAAUUAGCCUAUCAGAAGCUUCUAUAGCCAUAACAUCAUUUUCUGGAAUUUUCCAAGCUGUUUAAAGGCACAGUCAACAUAGUGUAUGUAAACUUCUGACCCACUGGGAUUGUGAUACAGGGAAUUAUAAUUGAAAUAAUCUGUCUGUAAACAAUUGUUGGAAAAUAACAUGUGUCAUGCACAAAGUAGAUGUCCUAACCGACUUGCCAAAACUAUAGUUUGUUAACAAGAAAUUUGUGGAGUAGUUGAAAAACAAGUUUUAAUGACUCCAACCUAAGUGUAUGUAAACGUCCGACUUCAACUGUAUAUAUCACUGUUCUGCAACAUAUGGUUAAACUAUUGAGAUAUUUGUUGUGCUAGAUCUAAAGGAUAAUGUUUACUUUUUAAAUGUUGUUUUAUAUUCUGAAUCAAGAAAAACAUACUAACAAAAUUUUCCCUGGAGCAUUAUACAGUAUGGUGCUAUAAAAUAAGUUAAAAAUAAGUUUAAAUUACAUAUUUAUAUAAUCUACUGUUAGAAUUAAACAAUCAAUACUUUUAAACACUUGAACAAUACAUGUCAAAAUUAAAUGGUUUUUAUGGUGUCUGACGGGGUUGACAAUCCAGUUAGUUGCAUUUUAUGAUUUUGUUUUUGUUGAAUUAUGAGGUUUUUCCUUUACAUGGUGUGAUGACUGAUACUUUAAAGUUUUAUUAGCCAUAUGUACAGGAUACACAUGGUAUACACCAUCCAAUGAAAUACUUAGGUUUUUUCUUUACAAUGCAACAACAAUUAGAAAUAAUAAAAUAUUGGAAUACGAACAUAAAGUAAAUGUCUCAGUAGAAUACAAUAAACAUUUGAGCAUAAGUAUAAAACAGGAUGGCACAAUUUAUAGUCCAAUAUUUACAUGUGUUAUGGGGGAUCAAGUGUUUCAAUUGUGAAGUAUUUAGCAAUCAUAUUAAGUCUGGUAGCAGUUGUGAUGUGUGUGAGUAUAUCUGUGUGGGUGUGUGCUGAAAUGCAGAGAGUCAGUGAAGGUGGUCAGUCCAGUUCAAGUGUUGAGCAGUCAGCAGCUGGCUUGUAGAUAGAAACUGUCUCUGAGCCUUUUGGUAUUAGACAUCAUGCUCCGAUACCAUCUGCCCGACGGUAAGGGAGUGAACAGCUCGUGGCUGGGGUGUGUGGGGUCCUUGAGGAUGAUGCUGCAGGCCUUCCUCAGGCACCGUUUUGAGUAGAUGUCCUGGAUGGGUGGCAGCACGGUCCCAGUAAUGUACUGGGCCGUCCUCACCACUUGCUGGAAAGCCUUGCAGUCGUGGACGGCGCAAUUCCCAUACCAGGCCUUGAUGCAACCAGUCAGGACGGUAUUUGAAAAUAUAUAUUUCAAAUGUUGUUAAUAUUAAGACAAAUAUUUGUGAAAAGAAAUUUGAGAUUGUCCCAUCCCUUAAGAAUCCCUGAGUUCUGUUUUUAACCCCUCUAUAUUUAUCUCUAGAGUAGAGGCACUCAAGUGUUUAGUUAGCUUAGUUAGCGUCAGCUCCUCUCUCUGUGAUGUCUCUGUUAGAGGACUUGGUUUUUAUUAACUACCUCACCGAUAUGAGUUUCUGAAUGACAUAACAGUCCACAGCAUAUGGUCUAAAAAAAAGUAUGUGAAAGUUUUUUUUAAAGUUUUUUUUUUAAAUGUACCAUUGUCAAUGUUAGAAGACUGCUAGAGUUGUAUGUAAUGUAUAUUUAAUUCACAAGUACUAUGUCUUUUCAUUUCUCUAUUUUUUUGUAAUAUGAUUUGUAGACCAUAGAGUAGGUAAUGAGUGGUUGAUUUGUAUGUUAGAUGGAUGUUCCCCAGGGGAUUGAAAAGGUUUGCUGCUCGACAUUUUUUCCUUUUUUUGGAUUAAAAUGUAUUUGAUGGCUCCUCGCCGUUCAAUCCCUAUAGGUCCUGUUUAUGUUUGGAACUGGACCCAUUCCCUGGCUGUGGUCAGGCCUAUCGCACACCAGAAACAAGGCUGCAUUCAGGAGGAUACAACAUUGUGGAACGUGCAAAUAGAUAUGGGAGCAUCUCAGUUCUUAUUCAUGGAAUCAAUAUAGUACGUUUCACACUCUUGAACGCAACCCAGGUUUCGUGGUGUUUUCCACAAAGGCCGGUUAUGUAAAUGUUAGCCUUUUGAUCUGGAGAAGGUCUUACUACAGACCCACAGUAAUGUACACACUGGAAAUGGUCGGUCAAUGUCAACCUUCAACUUCUGCAAAU